CAGCCAGACGUGCCUCUUCUCUCGGCGUCCGUGCGUCAGGGCCAGCCGUGAAUACGCCUCUUCCGACCGCUUGCGGUACGGGCGGUGGAGUCGAACACAGCAGUCGCCUGGAUACAUCUAGCUUUGCGUUAGGAAACAAUCCGAGAACAAAUUACGAACUGAGGCGAUCCGGUCGUCCGGGAUCCGAUGGGGAACUGUAACCUACCUGCCUAAUUUGACCCAAAACCUGACCAGAGCCACGGGGAAAGCCGCUUGGACCAUCGCCAAACCAUACAACUGAAAGAAAAAAACAACAGCCCUGCUUCGAUUACGCACCGAGAGGGGGAGCACGAUGAUACCGUGACAGCCCGGAGUGUACUUUACCAAUUCCAAGGGUUGGGAUCUACAGAGCUUCUUCCACUUUAAGGGGCACUGACUAUAUUUAAAGGAUGCAGACGUUUCUUGAUGUUGAUGCUGAUUUAUGAAAGUUAUUUUAAAUGGCACUCCUCGCUAAACUGAUGCUGUAUGUUGAUAUUGGAAAAUGCUCCUCCAGUGCGAUAUUGGAACCGACAACAUGAACCACGCUUACAUUGCAAGGAUCUCUCCGUUAGCAUGUGUAGAGAGCUCUUAUACUGAUUCACAAUGUCUAGUCAGUAGAUAAUUAGUCUUUUAAAGAGAAGUAAAUACAGCAACAAAAACAACAAAACGCAAAAGAUUUAGGCGCGAGCAACGAAGAGAAGCGGGGAGACGAUCUGAAUUAUUUCUGCUCGGAACUGUGCUCCCACUUUCUGUGAUUCACGAUAUCACCACACAGGAUUUUGAUGGAGCUGGAGAAUAUUGUGGCCAACACGGUACUGCUAAAGGCAAGAGAAGGUGGAGGAGGCAAGCGGAAAGGAAGGAGCAAGAAAUGGAAAGACAUCCUCCGCUUCCCGCACAUCAGCCAGUGCGCCGAGCUGGGCAGCAGCAUCGAGAGGGACUACACCAGCCUGUGCGAGAGGCAGCCAAUCGGGAGAGAGCUGUUCCGCCUGUUCUGCGAGACCCGGCCGAAGCUCCAGUGCUGCAUACGCCUGCUGGAUGCCAUGGAGGACUACGAGGUGACGCCGGACGAGAAACGCAAGAGCCACGGCCACCAGAUCAUCCAUAAAUUCCUCACCAAACAGUCUGUGGACUGUGUGUGUGAGAUAGCGGAGGGCUAUGGGCAGCAGUGCACGCAGAACCUGGAGCUGAGUCCCAGUAAGGAGAUCUUCAGUGACUGCAGAAGGGCCCUCCAUGAAUACUUGAGUGGCACCCCCUUCUCAGACUACCAGAACAGCCUGUAUUUUGACCGCUUCCUCCAGUGGAAAAUGUUGGAGAGGCAACCGAUAACUAAAGACACAUUUCGACAGUACCGUGUGCUGGGGAAGGGGGGAUUUGGCGAGGUGUGUGCGUGCCAGGUGCGAGCCACAGGGAAGAUGUACGCCUGUAAGAAGCUGGAGAAGAAGAGGAUUAAGAAGCGGAAGGGCGAGUCCAUGGCGCUGAAUGAGAAGCAGAUUCUGGAGAAAGUCAACAGUAGAUUUGUUGUGAGUUUAGCGUACGCCUAUGAGACCAAAGACGCCCUGUGUCUGGUGCUGACCAUCAUGAACGGAGGCGACCUGAAGUUUCACAUCUACAACAUGGGCACGCCCGGGUUCGAGAAGGAGAGGGUGCAGUUCUACGCCGCGGAGAUCUGCUGCGGCCUAGAGCACCUGCAUCGGGAGUCCAUCGUCUACAGGGAUUUAAAACCAGAAAAUAUUCUUUUAGACGACAAUGGUCACAUCCGGAUAUCAGACCUGGGCCUGGCCAUCAAAGUGCCGGAGGGGGAGCUGAUCCGCGGCAGAGUCGGGACGGUGGGGUACAUGGCCCCCGAGGUGAUAAACAACGAGCGCUACGGCAUGAGCCCGGACUGGUGGGGCCUGGGCUGCCUGGUGUACGAGAUGACGGCCGGCCGCUCGCCCUUCAGGGCCCGCAAGGAGCGCGUCAAGCGCGAGGAGGUGGAGAAGAGGGUGCAGGAGGAGCAGGAGGAGUACAGCGACAAGUUCACCGAGGACACCAAGGCCAUCUGCAGGAUGCUGCUGGCCAAGGAUCCGAAGCAGAGGCUGGGUUGCCAGGCAGACGUGAAAAUCCACCCCUUCUUCAGGAACAUCAACUUCAAGCGGCUGGAGGCUGGCAUCCUGGAGCCCUCCUUUGUGCCUGACCCCAGAGCGGUCUACUGUAAGGACGUGCUGGACAUCGAGCAGUUCUCCACGGUCAAGGGCGUGAACCUGGACCAAACCGACAACGACUUCUACAGCAAGUUCGCCACUGGCAGCGUGUCCAUCCCCUGGCAGAACGAGAUGAUCGAGACGGAGUGCUUUAAGGACCUGAAUGUGUUCGGGCCCCAGGGCUCUCGCCCCCCCGACCUGGACUGGCACCAGCCCCCCGAGCCCCCCCGCCGCAGCCUGCUGGACCGCAUCCUCCGGAGACACCAUCCAGAGGUGUCCAUUGCACACACCCGGGUCUCCUCUGCCAGCGUGAACUCCGUGGACUCCAUGUCGAACUCUGCCCCCUAGUGGACAGCCUUAUUAAGCGCAGAAAAAGGAGAGAGGACUAUUCCACUAUGGGCUGGUCUCACAGAGCCAGGUUAGGGGCCUUUUUUGACCACCACGGCUAAACUCACUGGUAGCUCAAGGUAACACUAAUCGGGGUCUGUGAAGCCAGGAGAAGGAGUAGGGCUUUGUGAGAGGAAAAAAAAGACACUUAAAGAAGAAACAGUCACCUCAAGCAUCCUCAGGAUAGCUGGACCAGAGGAGGGCCACCGAUUAUGAACAAUAAAUUCAGGGGAUUGAUAUUCAAAGAAGGACCGCUGCAGGGAAUUCAAGUCGGUGUCUUUUUCUUUUUUCAUUUUUUGCUUCAUAAAGAACUGAAAUAAACAAAACAAUCCAGGCACACACACGCAUCCACACACAAAAUUGGUCUCUCACAAUUUCACCAAUUUCACAAACGACACAAACCUCAAGACAAAACGUGCUUUGCCUUGAAUAAUAUUCUCAGGCCAAAGAUUUUCUUAUUUUUUAGUUAUUUUACUUAUUACACUUUUUUUGUGGGGGGGGGGUCAUUUUUGAAUGAAACAAGUUCAGGGCUGGGUUAAAUUGAGAGACAAGAGGUCUACUUUUGGAUUUUUCACGUAAAGCUGGACAAUGCAUUUCACAACGCAGCUAGAGAAGAGGAGGAGGAGACCCCAGGAAAGUGAAGCCUCAAGCCCCGAGAUGAGUUGGAGAUGAACCCCAGGACCGAAAAUUCUGUUCGACAGAGGGAGAAAACUUCGGUCUUCUCAGUAGGAUGAGAUGUACAGCACAACCGACAAUGCAUGGAAAUCCACUCCCGACAAAAAUAUCACGCCAGGUUUCCUAACGGAACGGUCCGGCCGCUCUUCGGAGGGGCAGGGAAAGCUCUGCCAGCCCCCCAGUGGUCCCACCAUUGGCUGCCGCAGGAUCAGCUGACAGGAAAUGAGCUCACCUCCACAGUCUGCAGCUUCGCGGCUUACAUCAGUGUGACAGUUAACUUUCCGCACGGUUCCGGAAUUUUCCACUUCGAAUCCCACCAACUGACACCCAGCUCACUCUUCACUCAAGAAGUCUCAGAAGACAGAAGAAGUUUUUUUUGGGGGGGGGAAAUUAGUUGCUAACUUGAAAAAUAUUUAAAAAUGUUGUGUAUACAAGUGUGCAGCGCAGAAAACACUCCAGAGCACAUCUUUAGUAAUGUCACACGAGUAGAAAUGCCAUUUAUCCCCCAAUAAAAUGCUAGAGCCAUUUAUUUUGUAUUUAUAGGAACAAAAUUGUAUUUAUUAUUUUUUCAUAACUCUUAUGUUUCAGAACUGAAAAUUGUACAUUUAGACAGAGGGCCUAAAAUGCUCUGUGUUUAAUAUUAUAAUUGUUUUUUUGUUUUGUUUUUGCUUAUUUAUUGUCUUUGAUAUAGUCCAGUGUGGAAAAGAUCUAGCCGUUUUGAUUUCACUCACCCAUUCAAACUGAAAUCUGCACUGCAUGUUUCCAACACAUGGUGAGAAUCAACCGUGUGGCCUACACUGUGCGCUGUGGGAAGGGAAACCCUCAAACAAGUAGGAUCCAAAAAAAAAAAAAAAAAAAAAGCCAGACCUUGAAGGUAUUUUUUUUGUGUGUGUGUUGUUUUGUGUUUCCAUUUCGCAAUGAAAAUUCUCCAUUAUGGGAUUCUUUUGCGACUAAAUAUCAGAUGGAUUUUUAGAGAUUUCAAUCAAGUGCCUCCUGUUAGUAAACAUUAGACCAGGUAACGCUCACAUGACUUUAUUUUCCAUAUGAAACUUGCACUCCGUUCCCUUUCUCUGAGUGAGACGGACACACGGUGGAAAAGCACAGCGCCCGCAGUUUGUAACACACCGGAGUGCACGUCGCACGGUGAGGCUCCCUGUCCUGUUCCAAUAAACACCUGUGCUGUCCUGAGAAA